AUGUCGAGUCUCAGCAUAGAGGCGCCUUAUACGGUCGCUUCGGUGCCGAAGCCACUCGAUCAGAUCCGGGGUCUUUCAUAUGCUGCGCCUGUACACAGCUUGCGCAAAGGCACGAAACGAAAGCGACAUGAGAUUGCUGUUGGAGUCGACGGCGAGGGAGUGACCAUUCACAAUGUCCAAAGCCACAGUACCGUCGCUUCUUACGCCAUUCCACCACAAUGCUACCUCUGCUGCCCACCAUGUUCGAUUUACAGCAAGGCGACGCCAAAUGGAGGGCUGCAAAGGCAGACAUUCCUAGCGGUGAAGGAUGGUGCAGACAGUCCGAAGCGACGACUGCUGUCUUUCACGGAGGCUGUCAAGAGCAAGAAGUCCGAGAACACGGAGUUCGCGGGGUCCAAGAAGAGCGAGUGCAAUCUGCGCGAGGGCGAGGUUGUGAGCUUGGACGUACUAGUCGCCGAGGACGAAGCGCAAUCAUCAAUCGUGAUCAGCUAUAAAGACGGAUCCGUCGGAUUUGUUGCUCGUGACCUCUCGAGAUUACACUGGGAUUCUGGAAAACCGAUCAAAUCGGGCGAGGAUUACGAGGUCGAAUACAGCACCGUGGUUCCAAUUGAUUCUGCUCGGAGAGGACUUCUGAAAGGCCGUGCGGAUAUCGUUGCUCAGCUGGACGCCAUGACUGUGCCCACGAAAGCCUCUCAGCUGCUCUGCCGAGUGUUUCGUUCGGGGUCGAAGAGAGGCCUCGAGCUAUAUGCCCUGCGGAACCCCGAUCCGGGUCAAAUCCAAAGCGCCACCGGCGCAUCGCAAUUUCUUACUUCGUACUCGUUACCGGGAGGCCAGCAUCAUCCCAAGCAAUCGCCUCAUUUAACCGACCUUCACGCUUCUUCUGGAACGCUAUGCCAACUGCUGGACGAGAAGCUGAGUCUCUACGAUCUCUCCGGAACCGUGCCGCAACUUUCCAUGACCCUUGGGAGCAGGUUGGCGCCGAUCACUAGCUUUGCCAGGCUCUCGAACUCGUCUGUCCUGACACUCACACAUGGCACUGCCACGAUCUACGAAACGUCUUUUGGUUCGAUCCAAGCUUCGAUCUCCUUGCAGUCGUCAUUUGCUGCUGGCGAAGUUGGCAAGAAGCGGAAAAGGAGCGAGGAUGUAGAAAAUGCUCCGUUAUUCCAAGCCAUCUCUGCGUUUCCAGACGUUGGUUUGGUCCUUGGCUUAGAUAGCCAAGACCUUGUCGCCAUCCAAGUUCAAGGGCUAUCGCGGGAUCGAAAGUCUGUCUCGGCACCGGCUACGUUGUUGAAAGAUGUCUUGGGCAAAGGCAGCUACAAGGAAACCCGCAAUCAAGAAAGAGACUCCAAGAAGGUCAGGAAAUGGGAGGAAUGGACUGCCAAAGUUGACCGACUAGUCGCUGCGGAUGAGAUUGAGGCCCUGGAGAACCUUGUGGCCAACGAGAAGAAGCUUGGAAGACAACGAAAGAUUGAGAAGCUUCAAGAUGAUCAAGAGGAGAGCGCUGCCGAAGAUGUUGAUGCCACAACGUAUGAGGAGAUGUGGCCGCUACCAGAAGCAUUCGACCCUCAGGAUGUGGACAAGCGAAAGGCAAUGUACUUGCUGUCCAAGAUUUUCGGCCGUGGAAGUGGACAGGACGGCGCCCUGCAGAUCCUGAUCCCGUCGCUGAAGCUCCUCGAGUGGCUUACGCUUACCGGCCUGCUUUCUGUGACACAUUUGAAGAAGGCUCUCUCAUCCAACGCUAGUGGGCUGGCCGCAACUCUCAACCCCGGCGAUGUGAUGACGGCGAUCAGAAAACUUGAUGACGACUUCCAGUUGAUGCACGACCUGCUUUCGCUCCCUGUACAUUGGGAAGCGGCCGAGGUGGUCCAAGCCUUACGACUCGUGAUCCAGUCCUUGAAUGCGCCCGCCCAACAACGGCAACAAGAGGGACCUCUGGCUCUACCGGCCCCAGCACAACCCAAUGGACAUCCCACCGCCGACAAAGACGUGGAGAUGACAAACGGCGACGACCACGAAAUCGAAUCCGAAUCCGAACUCGAGCUCGCAGCGGUAGAAAACGAGCUGGACCUCGUCAUGCACGCCUUGGAUGCCGGACUGGAAGUUAAGAGCGACACACUCCGGCUCAUCACAUCGCGCCUGCACGCGUUCCCGCCCCGCUCCAUCACCACGCUCAUGCGCUCCAUGCUGUCGCAGAGCGAGAUUGUCUUCUUCAUCCACAUUCUCCGCAUUGAACUUGCCGAUGGCGGAUGGACGUCCAGCUACGUUGCCGCCGACGAGACUGAUGAGCAGGAAGGCAUUCUCCGAGGUCUGGGCGAGGAUGAAGAGAGUCGGCCGAGCGAUGGCGCGAUCAAAGCCAUUGGAGAUUUGCUGAAUUGCGCCGUGGAUGCCAUUGGGACUACUGGGUGGUUGGUUGGACUAAGCAGCGCUGCUCUAGCCACCGACGAGCUAGUCGAUAGCUUGAGGGCAGAAGUCAGUGCUGGGUUGGACGGGUGCUUCCAGGCGAAGAAGCUUGGCAUCUGGCUGAGGGAGCUGGAGAAGAAUGUCGAUCAAAAGGGCACCAACAAAUUCCCCGGCCGUGUCAUACAGGUACAAGAGGACGGACUUGAGGAUGCAAAUGUCGCUUUGCUGUCUCUUGAGCCUCGAGGGGGUGUGGCGAAGAUAGCAAGCGGCAAGAGCGCGAACGACAAGAGGAGCGUAAAGGCGCGAGCGAGGGAGAAGAGCAAGCUGGUUGGGAAGUACUCGUUCGAGAGGAUACGCAUCUAG